GGCAAACGGCCACCGAUGCGUCUGCACCAUCAUCGCUUCUCGGCCGUCCGGCACCAAUCAGCCCGGAUCCCAGCGAGCCUUUACAAGGCCAAAAAGGAUUCGGAACUUUCAUGCGGCUCUCGAUUCUGAGGGUGCUGGCCAGCGAUGGCAGCGCUCGCGAGCCGGCGGCAUCCGUGGUCCUCGGCCAGUUCUCCGAGACGUCGCUGCUGACCCAGGCAGGCCGGCAAGCUGCGACUGACUGCGGCGUGCGAACUUCAAGCGGCAUCACAUCCAUUUGGCGCAUCAGCUGCCGCAGUGGGCAUCUUUGCAUCAUUUCCGCUGUCGUUUCCACGCUUGCAGCUCAAUGCGAGCCGCUGCCGGUCUCCUCCCACGUUCGCCUGCACGACGACACGGGGCAAAGCCUGGGAGCUGCCACCGUCCUCUCCUGCGACAAGGGCUUUCUGCUUCUGAAGAAGGAGGAGAACGGCCCGGAGCCCGGGGUGCACUUCCUGAAGGUGCGCCGGAAGGGUCCGAAGACUGUCUUCUCCGACGUGGUGUCCCUGGACUACGCCGAGCGCUUCAGUGCCCAGGUGAUGCUGGAGCGGGCCUUGCGAACGCCGUUUCCUCGCUUGGUGGCCCGCCGGGCCGACGGCGAGGUCUGGGAGGACCGAGAGGGCGGGCCGCUCCCUGCGCUGGGAGCCGUCGGGGACAGCAGUCACCUCGGGGGCAUCAAGUACGGCCAGAUGCUGACGUGGCCCAAAGGCGCCUUUCCCUGCCGCGCCAUCCUGAAGACCGACGAAGACGAAGCCGCGCCCGACGACCGCAAAGUCGAAGACGUGCAAGUGCGCAGGAGCUUCCGUGA